AUGACUGAUGAGGAGAUUGGCAAGUACUUCGGUCAAUUUGGCAACUUUACUGAUUGUAAAAACGACUGUAUUGAAACAAUACUGACGUGCUAUUGUAACGAUGCGAUUCGCGAUCUGACGACGCAGUAUAAGAAUUAUCACGGUUACGCUUCCCUUAUCAUAUGCUCUUUCGGCACGCUCACCAAUAUGCUCAAUAUCGUCGUCCUUACAAGGAAAGAUACAAAAGCGGCAUCCAUAAAUCGAAUUCUCACCGGCCUGGCCGUGACGGAUGCGUUGGUGAUGUUGGAGUACAUUCCUUUUGCGAUUUAUAAAUAUUUCUUAUUACCGGAGCGUAGAAUCUUCCCGUAUGGAUGGGCUGUGUUCGUACUGUUUCAUAUGCAUUUCACGCAGCUUUUUCAUACGAUCAGUAUCGCUCUCACACUCACUUUAGCCGUUUGGAGAUACAUCGCCAUCAGUUCAUUAUGUCAGAUAAAGACAAAGAUCAUUUAUGAGAACGGUAUCAAAGAGAUCUUGUACCACGUGGACACCGAUUCUAUUGAUAAAGAAUUCCUGUAUCAAUUAAAUUUCUGGAUACUUAGUGUAGUUGUUAAGCUCUUACCGUGUGUCCUUCUUACUAUCAUCAUUUGUUGGCUGAUAAAAGCCCUUUAUAGGGCAAAGGGUAGGAAACAAAUUUUGAAGAGCUACAACCAUUGCGCGAAAGUGGCUAAACCAACCUCAUCAUCGGGAAUCUCCGAUCUCGAGAAUUACGAUAUAUCGUUUGAUAUUAAAAAAGACGAAUGCUCGCGACGGGUGAGUAAAUCUGACAAACGAACGGACAGAACAACGAGGAUGCUUGUAGCGGUGUUACUGCUAUUCCUAAUAACGGAGAUUCCUCAAGGCGUUCUGGGUUUACUUUCCGCGGCUCUGGGCGAUUGUUUUUUUCGUAAUUGUUAUCACAGGUUUGGGGAAAUGAUGGAUAUCUGUGCGUUAUUAAACGGCAGCAUAAAUUUUAUCUUAUAUUGCUUUAUGUCGCGGCAAUUUCGUAUGAUUUUUGGACAAUUAUUCAAACCUAGGAUUAUAAGCAACUGGCCAACGCUGAACCAACACCAAACCGAUGUACAAAGCACGUAUGUUUAACACAAGAGAUUUUUGGAAUGUUCUCUCUCUGUUUUUCGAAAGUAAAAUUUGAGCAUGCAAUCUAAUUAUAAUAAUAUAUAUAAUUAUAAUUAUUAAAUAUAUAACAUCAUAUGAUUAAUAAAAAGUUAAAAAUGAUCUUGAAUCCAUCCAGAUAAAAAAAAAAAUAUUUUAAAUCAGCA